AUGUUUGCCUUCAAUUUCUCAGACCCUCCACUCAGUUUAUCGCUCAUUUCCCCCCCUUCUUCACCUCAUUUCCGCCCCUUCUUCCCCUUAUUUCCGCCCCUUCUUCCCCUCAUUUCCUCCCCUCCUUCCCCUCGUUUUUUCCCAUCCUUUCCCCCAUUUCCUCCCAUCCCUUCCCUCAUUUCUCCCCCUGCUUCUCCUCAUGUCUCCCCCUGCUUCCCCUCAUUUCCGCCCCUGCUUCCUCUCGUUUCCCGCCCUCCUUUCCUCCCCCUUCUUUCCCCCACUUCCGCCCAUCAUGUCCUUCGUUUCUCCCCGCUCCUUCCCCUCAUUACAUUUCCCGCCCUACUUUCCCUCAUUUCCCCCCCUGCUUUCCCUCAUUUCCCCCCUGCUUCUCCUCAUUUCCGCCCCUCCUUCCCAUCAUUUCUCCAUCUACUUCCCCUCAUUUCCCGCCCUCCUUCCCGUCAUUUCCUGGUUUCCCACAUUCCCCCCACUCUGUCCCGUCAUUUCCCCCACUCCUUCUCGUCUUUUCCCCACCUACUUCCCGUCAUUUCCCCGACACCUUCCCGUAAUUUCCCCCACUCCUUCCCCUCAUUUUCCCCCCUCCUUCCCAUCUUUUUCCCCCCUCCUUCCCCUCAUUUCCCUCCCUCCUUCCCGUCAUUUUCCCCACUCCGUCCCGUCAUUUCCCCCCCUCCUACCCGUCAUUUCCGCCCCUCCUUUCCCCACUCAAGUGCCACCACGGCUCAUUGGCUACCUCUCUGUUUAGCCGCCAGUUGGCUCCUCCUCAUUGGCUCGGCUUGUCGUUGCAUCGUUGCUCCUUCUCUUACUGGUUAUUCCCUGUCUGCCUCUUCCUUGGCUGUUCCUUACCCAUCUGCUCCUUUCACGGUGGGUCUCGUGCUCAUGCUUCCUUGCCGUGUGGUGCCCCGUUACGAGGACAUGACUCCCGAGGAGGUCACAGACAUGUGGCUGCUGGCGCAAAAGAUCCGGCUGGCCUUUGAACUACACCGUGGAUGCACCUCAUCCACUUACACCAUUCAGGACGGGCCAGCAGCAGGGCGGACAGUGGCGCAUGUGCAAGAUGGGCCAGCAGCAGAGCAGACAGUAGCACACGUGCAUGUGCACAUCAUGUCACGGAGAGAAGUGGACUUCGUACCCAAUUAUAAGAUCUACAAUGAGGAGAACGAGAAGGAGGCGAAGAGGCUGCGGAUAGAUGCGGAGGAGAACCGACCAGCCCGUACGAUGGAUGACAUGGAAGCUGAGGCUAAGGAGCUGAGGAAAGUAUUAGAGGAGUUUGAGAGAAAGGCUGAAGCCCAGGAGCUGAGGUAA